UAAAUUACAAGUGAAAAUGUCGGAGGCAGUAGUGGAACAGGUGACGCAGGAGGUAAAGGACGUCAAGCUUGAGAACGGGAGUGCUCCGGGCGCGUCCAACGGAACGUCCAGCGGAGACAAUGCAGUCUCUUUCAAGGAUGCUUUCAAAGCUUUCUCGAAGUUCGGCGACCCGAAAUCCGAUGGAAAACAAAUAACUCUUUCACAAAGCGAUAAAUGGAUGAAACAGGCCAAAGUGAUAGACGGCAAGAAGAUCACCACCACAGACACCGCCAUACACUUCAAGAAACUGAAGUCCCUGAAAGUUGGCGUCGAAGAUUACCAGAAGUUCCUCGACGACUUAGCGAAAAGCAAAAAGGUGGAACUCGAGGAUAUAAAGAAGAAAUUAACAACUUGUGGUCAACCAGGGGUUUCAUCUCAUGUCACAAAAUCUCCAGCAGCCGCGGCGGCCGUCGACCGCCUGACAGACACCAGCAAGUACACCGGCUCCCACAAGCAGCGAUUUGACGAGACAGGCAAGGGCAAGGGCAUUGCGGGCAGGAAGGACCUCGUCGACGGUUCCGGCUAUGUCUCGGGGUAUCAACAUAAAGACACGUACGACAAAAGCCACUAGCCACCCCAUAGGGACCACAAGUUUUGUGCACUAUACCUACCUACAUAUUACUUAUCAAAAAUAUUUCAAUCAUGUAUGUCCAAAAAUGUGUAGGUAUCUCAAGGUCUAAGUCACAGAGUUAUAUCGCCCUAUUUUUAUGAAGAUUUAUGUUCUAUGGUGCAUUGUAAAUGAUGAGGUACGAUGUGUGAUCGAUCUGCUGAAUGAAUUUUACUAAAAUUUCAAGUAAUAGAAUUUAAGCCAAGUGGCCAAUAAAAGACAUAAAAAAUUAACUGCAUAAAUGAUUAGGUUUGAUGUUUUUCGUUUUCAAUUCAAAGGACGGUAGCAGAUAGAUCCCACAGUGGGUGUGUUGGAAUCCCUUGCUUAAAUGCACCAUUGUGACAAAGUGAUAAAAUUAUUUUUUCAAUAUAAUAGUUAUAAAAUGGUAUGGCACCACGAAACACCACACCACAAUCAUAAUAACCUAAAAUAUAAUUAUAUACAACAUUCCUUCGUAUAUAUGUAAUUAUGAUGUUUAAAGUAAGAUUAAUUACAUAUUUUUUCAACAUAAAUAUCUCGCGGUAUUUAAGUUUCGUCCUAAUUCUAUGUCUAGUCGUACGAGUCCGUAUCCGUAGUACCUAUAGAUUAGAAUUACGUAUGUAAUAUGGUUGAAAUAAGUUGGGUUCAUCUUAUAUUUAAGAUGAACCCAACUUAUUAUAAAUACAAAAUAUUGAAUAUUAAAAAUAUCUUUACAUUUAGGUAAGAUUAUGCAUGCGCAUGUUCACAUUUGCUACAUAGACUACCUAGAAGCUUACAAAUCAAUAAUAAAAUGGUAACAUUUCCUGUGUACGUAAACGUUGAAUAUUGCUAUUGCUCCGCUAUGUAGCAAUAUUUAACUUCUUUCUCACGAGAAUUUGUUUGCGAAUUAUACCUAUAUAGUUUAUUUUUAAAACCUAUCUGUAUAGUUUUACUGUCGCUAGAAGGCAUACAUUUCACAUUGAAAAAAAUAUUUACGUAAGUAUAUGUUUUCAUUUCUAUGAUUAAAUAAUAAGUUAUGCCAAGAUUUACUAUAAGUUCGGCAAUAAAAAGCCCAUGUAGGUACCAACCAAACUUGAAGAAAAGCACAAUUCUUUCAAAAUUUAAUUACAAUUUAAUCUUCGUGAUAAUAAAUUAAUUGUAUAAUUACUAUUGUUCGUUGUUUUAUUAUAUUUUGUAUCUUCAAUAUAAUUAUUUUGAACCUAAUAAAAUUUGUAGGUACAUUAAAUACACACGAAUGAUUAUAAAAAUUGCAUGUACAAUACAUAUUAUGUAUUUAAAUUAAUAAACUAUUGUUUAUAAAUAAACAGGUUUAAUUUUAUAUUUUUAUUUUUUCCCUUUACGAGUAGCAGUAGCGGCCUUGUCUGGACUAUUACAUUACAGAGAAGAGUAUUAAGUAUGCACCUAUUUUGAUUAUCAUUUUAUAUAUUGAGUUGAUAAUAAACAAUACUGUUUGCAAUAAACAGAGAAAACCAAUAAUAUAAUAAAGUUUGCUUCCCAUAAAGUUAAAUAACAGCAAACCAGUAACAUAACAAAAGUACUUAUUAAAUAUUUCCUUUUGAUGUAGUAUAUUAUAUCUAGCCUAUGUAUAUUUAUAUCUAGCCUAGACAAAGAAAUUAACGGAUACAAUAAAAUUAUGUUCAAUAGAUACCAUUUUAUUCAACUUAAAAACUAAAAAUACAUGUGUAAAGCCUACUAUUUUACGAAAAUAUUAUAAUUACAUGAUAUCUACUAAUAAUUUUACAUACUGCAUAGAAUGUUCUACAUAUUUUCAAGUCUUAGUUUCACAGAAUGUUCUAAACAUUAUAUAGAUAAAUUUACAAAAUAAAAUUAUCACAUCUAAAACAAAUAAAAUGUAAUUUCCAUUGGGCGACGUUUUCCUAUUUACGACUCGACUCUUCCUAUCAUAUCUAUAAUUUUAUAAAUGAUACAUACUAAAGAUAAUAAUGUUAUGUGUAGUUGUAUGCAGUAAAAUCAUAAAAAUCUAUCAGUAUGUCAGUACUUUAACCAAAAAUUAGCUCGAGCUAAUUUUGAAGCUGCUUGAGCUCUAUGGUUAAGUUGCAACCCUUCCUGUAUGAAUGAAAUCUGUCUUCUGAGAAUGUAUGAAUUCCCAAAUAGAAAAUAAUAUAGACGCUUCGGAAAUACCUUGUAAGUCGCAAUCACAACUAUCGGGUCAUGUCAAGAUGGUCCCGCAUUAUACAACUUUUUUUUCCUAUUUUCUCUGAACUGUUAGUUGCAACAGUUAUGUUUAUGUUAACUAAAAGUUGCUAAAAUUAAAAUAGGUGUAACAUUAUAAAAAAAUACAACAUUAAUAUUACAUUUUAUAAGUAUUUAAUUUCGUAUCUAUAUUUCUAAACUAUGCUUUUUAUCGCACUAAAAAAAAAAACAAAAACUAGGCAAUUUUAAUGAUACUUAAUGGGAUAAAGCUGAUAAACGAAAACUUAUAACAGACUAGUCCAUUAACACAUAAUAGAGUAUAUUGAUUUAGGCACAUGACAUUGUAUUGCUUCAGCUGAAAGCAUCUUCUAUAUUUGUAUAGAUAAAAUUAUAUAGAGAUCUGUCUGUCUGGGAUUUAUGGUACUGAUAUUUUAAGUAUUAAUAAUAAACAUGGGUCUCAAGAAUAAAUGAAAAUUCAAUAUACUAAUUCGAGAAACCAAUUUCAAAUGUUAAAAACAUAAGUAAGUUUAUCAUCUAACAUAAGAUUAUUUAAAAAGCACGAGGCCUUCGUGCCAGUUUUGUUAGCAAACGUCAAUUUGACGAAGGGUUCUGUGGGAUCGAAGUGAGCCGAUAUAUAAGCCUGUGUGACUCCGGCUGUUAGCCACCAGGCGGCGUUGUUAAUAUAUGCUUGUAAAAACUCGCUUUUGGUUUUUGGUAAAAUUAAUCUACCUAACACAUUUACAUAAGAAACCGGUUUAAUAUUCGGAAUCUCUGAUAUCAUAAAUCUAUUGGGUGGAUCUCCGAGCGUUCCGACCGCUGCGGCCUCGCCGUCAUUAUUAUCCGUUAAUUUUCUUGAGGAAGCAAUCAUUUCCAAAAUCAAUCAUUAGAAUUGACAUUAAUCACAAUACACAUUAAUGAUUUUAAAUUAAGAUAGUAAAACUGAUUCUUGUCUUUGUUAAAAUUUGAAAAAUAACAUGACGCGCGGCCGCAGCGUUCGAAACGCUCGGAGAUCCACCCUAUUAACCUCUAUUAGGUGGCCUGGCGAUUUUACGUGAAGAUCAAGUUGUAGGUAGUUUCAAGUGGGGCAGAUUUUAUUUAUUAAAAUUUCCAAUAACAUGAAAUGAAAUUAGCCCUACAGCCACUGAGUCCACACGAACAAAAGUUAUUUAUUAAUUACUUAUUGAUUUUAUAACUUACACGGCAGCUCUUUGUGCAAAGAAAAACACUAUUUUAUUUAUAGAAAAUGUAUGUUAUGAUAUUCGGAAUGGAGGAACAGAACAGUUCUAUUUUUUAAGACAUUUUAUAAUGUUAAUAUUUGGUUACUUUGACUAAGUAUUAAAAUUCGUAUAUGAGGAUUUUAUGUAAUCAUCGCAAAAUUUACUUAGUUCAAUACAGAUAUUCCGGAUUAAGGCAUGCGUUACAAUGUAAUACAAAUAGACUAAUUUACAAAAAAUAAUUUGGAUAUUUUACAACAGCCCAUUGAAAAAAUGGCAACAUUGAUAAUUAUUUUGAUUAAUGUGAUUAACUGCAUUCGAUUACAUAUUUAAGCUUUUUAUUCAAUAGCAUAAACAUUGUCAAUUUACUAUACGUAGCUAAGACAUCAAAGCUAACAACACACAUGUGCAUGUUUCCAAUAAAACUUGUAUAUAUUUAAGCAAAAUAAUAUAUUUUUGAAGGAUUUAUAAAUAAUAUAAUAUUUUGUUGUCUGCAUAUACUACAAGUUUUAGUCCUAGUUUAAACCUCGCUUCAUAAAAAUUUACAGAUCCAUGAUACUAUUGAGCUAUUGGAAUUUUAUAUUGAGUCCGGCACAGAUGUUUCAACUUGACAUAGUAUAUGAUAACGAAAUUGUCAUUAUAAUAUGCAUAUCUUAUAGACUUUUUUUUCUUGAUAGGUUUUAGAAAUUUACUAAGUAUAAAAUACAAUUCGUUACAUUUCAGAUGAAAUGGAGUCUAAUAAUAGCAGUAAAAUAGUCAGACGCAUACAUUUUGCAAGAAAAUAAUGCAACUACCUAUAUUAUUCUAGAUAUUUGGUACAAAACCAAAUAUGUAUUAUAAUUCUAUACAUAUGGAAUUGAGAUAUUUAUUAGUAAUAUACCCUAGUCAUAAAAAUUUUAUCACAAUAACAAUAUACGGUACCUGAACUUACAUGGGGCCUUCGAUUGUGCUUACUUUCAUGGCAAAAUAGUAGACAGCACGACUACCCAGUAGAAAUGCAACUAAGAAUGCUCCCACAUAAGCAAUGUAGACUCCACUGCCGUGAUCCUUAGCUGCAGACAGCGUACCAAGAGUGACGCCGAGUGCGAUGGCCAAGAAUAUGAAUGAGAGUACAGCGAAUACCGUUCCACGGACACGAGCCAUACGGUGACCCACAGACGACACUUUCCGACAGUGCGGGCAUCGCACCGGCGCGUUCUUCAGUAACUGAUAC